ACAACUCGGGGCACCGCCGCAGACCCGCCCUGAGGUGAAGUUGGAGGAGAGAGACUGGACAACGACCGUGAAGUGUAUCCGUAGUCCUUGCAUAUCCAUAUUCUUACAUAUGGAUAUGGUGCGCAGAAUUUUACGCUUCCUUCGUGAUACUUUGUCUCCGUGCCCUUUCCUUCGGAGGAACACCUCAUGGUACGGACGCUGUCGCCGGGGACGCGGUAGGACUUUGUAUGCUCUUACACUUGCCGUCAUUCUCUUUUCAUCCUGCUGUACACGAACGAGCGGUUCUGGCAACUCAGAUAAGUCGUCUUCAACCCGCUAUCAUCGAAGCACGGUGGACGAACAGGAACUGCGCUGGGUCAGCACGCGCACGUUAGCGUUCGCGCGCUUUUGGAGAAAUCACAAGUAUCGCAACUUGGCGGUGUACUUUUGUGUCGCGACAAGAAGUUUGCCAGCUUUUGGCCCCUCUUUACGGCUUAUCCUUGGCUGCCCCGACUCUUUCUACACGGAACUAUGGUCGAGAGCCUUUGACGUCCCUCGUAAUUGCGUUUCUCGAAGAUGUCUGCGACGAUUCGGAAGGGGACACUUUGUGUAUGCUGAGUUCAUUGUAAUGACGUAUACUCAAGUGAUGUCUACAGAGUUUCUCCCAGCACGACCGAGUCCAAACGGUAAGGUAGCGGUCAUCGUUGAACCGAGGCAGCCUUUCUUGUUCGAAUACGUAAUUCGUCAAGUUAUGUCAAAAUUGGGGAAGGACUGGUCGCUACAAGUGUUCGUCUACGGUGAAAACGUGGAGCGAGUGAGAAAUAUGUUUAAGUUGCAGGAUGGCAGUGAACAAGAACACGUGAUCGUGUCAGAUUUGUCCCACUUUGGUACUUUCAAGCUCACGCAGCGAACGCAGAGUGCACUUAGCGCACACUCGGAGCUUUACCACGCGAUCGUAGGGGAACAUAUUUUUUGGUUCCAGUUAGACGUGGUAGUGCGGCACUCCGUCCCUGAUAAGAUGCUUGAACGUGCUUUCAUCGGGUCUGAGUUCAGCGGUUGCGAGUUCCCCUACUGCGAUCCAACACACUGUCGAAGUUUGUGCGGCGGUGGAAAUUCCGGAUUUUCGUUACGACGCAAGUCAAAAAUGUUGAAAAUAGCCAGUGCUGGCAAGGUUCAGAAUAACCUCUGGGGCGUAGGUGCCUCUGGCGAAUAUUUUGCUUCUGAUUUGUUGUACGACAACAGUCGAACAAAAUGGUUCGAGGAUGAUUUACUAUUUGCUGAAAAGUUAAACACCCUCGGGUUGUUACGAUAUGGGGAAGAUGCAGUGCAGCAGCAGUUUGCUCUCGGUGAGACCCUUGGGGACGACUCGCUGAAGCUCGAUCCUAUUGGGUUGCAUCGAAUUUGGCUAGUCCCAAAUAUGGAUCCCUUAGUCAUCAUAUCCUUGCUUUCCAGGGCAGUAUCACCACCGCAUAUGCAGUCACUUUUUCGUGCAGGUCCACGUUUUUUACAAAGGAUACCUUCGGAGACACCGUGCCCUUCUUUGACUCCAUCAAUGAGCCGGAGCUCAGCUCUGUGAGGGUUGUAAACUGAAUAUGAGAGAACUCGAAACCGCUUCGACCACAAUCCACACAUCGUCCCUCACUGGUUCUACUGGAGCUUUGGCUGUGCUAUUCCUGUUGAGGAGGUAUUGCAUAGCGGCCAGAGACGUCAAACUUUCCGUUGACAGUGUCGUCAUCAUGAACUUUUACGGAGGGCGGUACAAGUGUGGAUGAUAGGGUAGCAUAGCAACCGGAGCGAAUUAUCCACCUGGACAAUAUCCUGUGCAGUAGACGAACCAAACAACAUUUCUACGGAAGAAGAUCCCGGUUCGCGUCUUGACAGAAUGAAAACCGUGGACAAGUGCAUCACGGGACUAGACACCCUGGCCAGACCCCGGCGGCGAGGAUCCACAGCGGCGUCGUUCAACGGACAGAGACCCACUAAUCACCGGGGUGGGAGUCGUUCGCCCUCGCUAAUCCAACAGGGGAAGUGCGCGCUCGAGAC